AUGGACGCCAGUAAUGGGCAAUGUGAGCGUAACCAAUCCAACAACAAGCCAUCAAAAUCGAACCAAAAUGUGCAGGUUUACGUCCGUGUUCGACCAACGAACAGCCGAGAGAGGCUGAUAAGGUCACAGGAGGUAGUGGACGUGGUAUCGAACCGGGAGCUGCAGUUAAAGUCGAAAAAGUUCACCUUCGAUCGGACAUUUGCACCGAACAGUAAGCAACAUGAGGUAUACCAAGCAGUGGUGGCCCCGUACAUCGAAGAGGUGCUGUCCGGGUACAAUUGUACGGUUUUUGCCUACGGCCAGACCGGAACAGGCAAAACAUUCACUAUGGUUGGGGAGGAAGAGCCGGAACUGAGUGCCGCCUGGGAAGAUGACACGCAGACCGGAAUAAUACCGCGGGCAGUGAACCAUCUGUUCGACGAGCUACGAAUGACGGAGUUGGAGUUUUCCAUGCGUAUAUCGUACCUUGAGCUAUACAACGAGGAACUUUGCGACCUUCUUUCGACGGAUGAUUCGGUGAAGAUUCGGAUCUUUGACGAUGUACAAAAGAAAGGAUCGGUGAUCGUACAGGGCCUGGAAGAGAUACCGGUACACAGCAAGGAUGACGUGUAUAAGCUGCUAGCGAAGGGUCAGGAACGACGUAAGACGGCAUCAACGCUGAUGAACGCCCAAUCGUCCCGAUCGCAUACAAUCUUUUCCAUCAUAGUUCACAUCAAGGAGAAUGGCAACGACGGCGAGGAGAUGUUAAAAAUAGGCAAGCUGAACCUUGUUGACCUGGCUGGAAGUGAAAACAUCUCGAAAGCAGGUAAUGAAAAGGGCAUAAGGACUCGCGAAGCGGUUAACAUUAACCAAUCCUUGUUGACGCUCGGUCGAGUAAUUACGGCAUUGGUAGAGAAAACGCCACAUAUUCCGUACCGUGAAUCGAAGCUAACGCGCCUACUCCAGGAAUCGCUCGGAGGUCGUACGAAGACGUCCAUCAUUGCGACCGUAUCGCCCGGUAACAAAGACUUCGAAGAAACGCUCAGCACACUAGAGUACGCACACCGUGCGAAAAACAUUCAAAACAGACCGGAAGCGAACCAGAAGCUGUCGAAGAAAACUGUCAUCAAGGAGUACACGGAAGAGAUCGAUCGGUUGAAGCGCGAUUUAAUGGCAGCGCGCGACAAGAAUGGCAUCUACCUGGCGGAGGAAACGUAUAACGAAAUGGUGUACAAAUCGGAGGCUGCCACUAAGGAGCUAAACGAUAAAUCGUCCCUUAUUAAAGCGCUGAAGGAGGAUCUAGCGAAGAAAGAGUCCAUCUUCAAUGAGGUGGCCUGCAGUUUGGCCGAACGGGAAGAGGAACUGCGACGUACGACGGAUGAUUUGGGGCAAACGCGUGUGGAGCUUUCGAAUACGAAGCGCAACCUUUCGCAAACCAAGCGAAGGUACGUAGAGAAGAAAGUGGUACUCAAGCAUCAUUUGCAAACGGAACAAAUGCUCACGGGACAGGCGAAUGAGUUAAUCAACGUGGUCGAAACUGUGACAGAAGAUGCGAAUGGUUUGCAUGAUACGGUGGAUCGUCGCAGAGAACUAGAUAACAGAAACAAGACUGCCUCGGAGCAGUUUGUCGAUCGCGUACGCCAGCGUAUACGUUCGAUUCAGGACGAUGUGGGAAAAAUGGCGGAAGAGUGUAAUCGGCUAACUGUGGACAUGAACGUGGGAUGGGAAAGUUAUAACCACCAACAAGAACAAACGCAGAACGAGACCAAAACACAUCUUUCGACCCUAGAAACCGUGAGCCAUAGCCUACUACAACAGAACGCGACGCUCUUGAAAGCUUUCAAAGAGAUGAUGGAAGGAAGGAUGGAUGAACGGCGUGAUGAAAUGAUCCGCUUUUUGGCCCAAGUGGAACAAUCCCGCGAAUCGUUGAUGGAAUCAGUCACCGGUACAAUGGCGAAAUUAAAGAACGGUAUCCAAAGCACGAUGGACUCCCAGUUCGAGCGGACGCGAAAACAAUACGAGCGAAUGAUAGAGCAUGGCCGGACGCAUGAUACAAAAUGCGCAGAAUUUUGUCAAACAUUCACGGCUCAAUUGAGCGAUCUCGACGCAAUAACAUCGACCUUCGAACAACAUCACAAUCAGCUGCAAGACUACGUUCGACAGUCCAACCACGAGCAACAGAAAGAACUGGAGGCAGCAAAGGAGUUCGAACAAAACUUAAAGUCGUUGUUGGAACAGCAAGUGAGCAGCUUCAUGGAACGAAUGAAAGCUUCGAAACAACAGCAAUUGCAGCUUUCGCAGAUCGUUACGGGAGUCUCUGAGGAGAUUUCCAGUCAGGGUAAGAAAGCCUCCGAGCAGUUGCAUGCCAUUCGUCAAAAGAUCGUCGAUAAGACGAAAACGGUACAGGAGUGUACCAAGGAACGAGACCGCAACGUAGAGGAAUGUGGUGCACUGGUACAGCAGCAUCAAUCGGAAAUAAAAGAAACAUUAGCAGGUGUGGAUCUGGCGAUCGUUGAAACUAUUAGUCAGGAAAUUAAAGAAACUAUCGAGCAACAACGUGACCGAUUAUCCACCAGUCAGGAACAAACUCGUGCGCAGCUGUUAGAAUUCACGCAUAGCUUGGAAGCACAGAAUGAACAGUUUGGAAAGGCGCAUGGAGAUGGCAUUGGACGUGUGGUAGGUAGUUUGCAGGCGCAACAAACCUCCAGACAACAGUUUGGCAGUGCGUACUGUGGCCAUACGCAGCGUAUCGGACAGGCGAUCGGAACCUACGAGCACAAAACGAACGAUGAACAGCUACUCGAGUUGCAAAACGAUUUCGAACGGUUCCACGAGAAGGAUCUAACCUUCUACCAAUCGACGGGAAAAACGCCAAUUCGAAAGAAGGUUCAGUAUCCAAGGGAUAUUGCACAGACUUCACCGGAUGAGCGUAUAAUUAGGCGUUUUUGGCGCGAUCGUGGUAUGGCCGAAGUGGACCUUUCUGCAACGAUUUGUGAAGACCUGGAAGAGACGAAUCCAAUAUCCGUGCCUGAAAUACGGAAUUCGACACCAUUAAUGCAACGAUCCAGUAUGUUGAACCUGGACGAAGAGCGGCAACACUUCAAAGAGCUUCAAAUUUCAAAUAUUGGUUCAAAGAUCCAUUCCGUGCAAAUGCUCGAAGAAAGUGUGGAGGAAAAUAAAGAAAACAUCUAA